AUGGCGUUCAGUGAGGGUGAGGCGGAGGCGGCUGAGGUGGAGCAGGACGAGGGCGCGGGCGGGGAGCCCGACCUGAUCGCCAAAGCCAACUCCCUGCAGGCCUUCAGCGAGAGCGACGAGGCGCGGAACCUCCUGGGCGGCAUGAGGGCCGCCUGCGCCGCGCCCAGCGCCACCGAGAUGGCCUCACAGAAAUUCACAGUAAUAAUGGACAAAUACCAGGAACAACCUCAUCUCCUGGAUCCGCACUUAGAAUGGAUGUUGAAUAUGCUGCUGGACCUCGUGCGUGAUGAACGUUCCCCUCCAUCUCUCCUACAUCUCGCCUUCAAAUUCCUCUACCUCAUCUCAAAGGUGCGGGGCUAUAAGUAUUUCCUGAGGUUGUUCCCUCACGAAGUAGUGGAUGUGCAGCCUGUCUUGAACAUGCUGACUCAGCAGGACCCAAAGGACUGUGAGACCUGGGAGACUCGCUAUAUCCUUCUCUUGUGGCUGUCCAUGACUUGCUUAAUCCCAUUUGAUAUGGCACGACUUGAUGGCAACAUCUCAGGGGAGGCACAAGAGUCUCGGAUACCGACCAUGGACCGGAUUCUAAGUGUAGCAAAGUCUUACCUGACAGUGAGUGACAAAGCAAGAGAUGCAGCUGCUGUUUUAGUAUCCAAGUUUGUUACUCGCCCUGAUGUGAAAGAGAAGCGACUGGCUGGUUUCUUGGACUGGACCCUGGCGAUGCUCUCUCAGGCCAAUCGAACAAUGGAGGGCAUGAUUAUCAUGGAUGGCAUGCUACAGGCUCUGGCUCAGCUGUUCAAGCAUGGGAAAAGAGAUGAUUUUUUACCCUUUGCUCCCAUUGUGCUGAAGUGCCUCGAUGAAUGCCGAGUCUCUGAGUGUGACCACACCAUUCUCCGCAAGAUGGGGAUAAAACUUGUUCAGAGAUUGGGGCUCACGUUUCUGAAGCCAAAGAUUGCCAAAUGGAGAUACCAACGUGGGAGCAGGUCUUUAGCUCUGAACUUGCAAGUGACAGGCCAGAUAGAAACCACUAACUCCUCAGCGACGAAGAAUGUGGAAGAAAGAGCGGAGGAGGAGGAGGAUGACGAUGUUGAUUACGAUAUCCCCACGGAGAUGGAAAACAUCAUAGAACAACUGCUAUUUGGGUUGAAAGACAAGGAUACUAUAGUCAGGUGGUCUGCAGCAAAGGGGAUAGGAAGAGUGACUGGAAGACUUCCUAAAGAACUUGCAGAUGAUGUGGUUGUUUCUGUGCUUGAAUGCUUCAGUUUUCAGGAAACUGACACUGCAUGGCAUGGUGGGUGCCUUGCGUUGGCCGAGCUGGGCAGAAGAGGACUUUUACUCCCUUCCCGACUUCCUGAUGUUGUACCUCCGAUCCUCAAAGCUUUGACUUUUGAUGAGAAACGUGGAGCUUGCAGCGUGGGAUCCAAUGUCCGGGAUGCAGCCUGCUACGUCUGCUGGGCCUUUGCUCGUGCUUAUGAACCUCAGGAGAUGAAACCAUUUGUAAAUCAGAUAGCGAGCUCGUUGGUGAUAGCUGCAAUAUUUGACCGGAAUGUAAACUGUCGCAGAGCUGCCUCGGCUGCUUUCCAAGAGAACGUUGGACGGCAGGGCACAUUUCCUCAUGGGAUCGAUAUACUCACUGCAGCAGAUUACUUUGCAGUUGGGAAUCGUACCCACUGCUAUCUGAAGAUCAGUGUCUACAUUGUUGGUUUCCCCGAGUACACUCAACCGCUGAUAGACCACCUGAUAAGCAAGAAGUUUAACCAUUGGGAUUGUGCUAUUCGGGAACUCACAGCCAAGAGCCUGCACAACCUGACCCAACAUGCCCCAGAAUACAUGGCAAACACUGCUUUGCCUCAAUUGCUAGUCUUAGCAACGGGCAUGGAUUUGAACACACGACAUGGUGCAAUCUUGGCAUGUGCAGAAAUAAUUUUUGCUCUGUACAAACUCUCUGUAGAGAACAACAGGUCAGUGACUGAAUACCUUACUGAGAAUAUUCUGGAAAAUCUCAAGAACAUUCACCGAAAGCUUUUUGAUUGUAAACUAUACAGGGGACUGGGUGGAGCAUUAAUGAGACCAGCAGUCUGUUCUUUGAUAGAAAAACUCUCAUUGUCAAAAUUGCCUUUCAAGAAUGAUCCAAUAAUUAGUGAAUGGCAGUGGCUUAUUGAUGACAGUCUGAAAAGUAUGCACCUCUUUACAAGCACUCCAAAGCAGAAAAUCAAGUUUCAGGAGGCUGUUAUUGCAGCCUUGGCCGCCUUGUGCAAUGAGUUUUACCAGACCCCAGAAGGAACAGCAGAACCGGAGAAGCAAACUCUCCAACUGAACAAGUACAUUUCAGAGCUGGGGACGUCGGAGGAGAUGACUCGUUGUGGCUUCUCCUUAGCUCUGGGUGCCCUCCCUAAGUUUAUGCUGGAUGGGAUGCUUCACCAGGUUUUAGAAGGAUUGCAGAAAGUCACGUGGAUCACAGUGAAAGACGCUACCUGCGCUGACGCCAGAAGAGAUGCACUGAAGGCUAUUGCUCAAGUUUGCAAAACAGUGGGAGUGGAGAUUAAUGGAUCACAUGAUCGGGUCAUCUGCCAAAGUAAUAUCUCCCAGAUAUACAGCACCCUCUUAGACUGCAUGAAUGACUAUACUACAGACUGCCGAGGAGAUGUUGGAGCAUGGGUUCGAGAGGCUGCAAUGACAAGUUUAAUGGAGUUAACAAUAACCCUGGUUCAGAGCCACCCUCAGCUCAUCUCUCCUGACAUAUGCCGGCAAAUGAUGUGCUGCCUGGCCCAGCUGUCGGCCGAGAAGAUUGAUCGGUACCGAGCUCACGCUGGCUCCGUUUUUCUGCGAGUCUUACAUUUCGACAAUCCCGCAGUUCCACAUGUUCCUCACCGCGAGGAGUUAGAGAACAUCUUUCCCAGGUCAGAAGCUGAAACCCUGAACUGGAGUGCUCCCUCGCAAGCCUUCCCCCCGAUUACAAAACUUCUAGGGCUUCCAACCUACCAGUACCACGUUCUGCUGGGUCUCACUGUAUCAGUCGGAGGACUUACUGAAUCUACGGUGCGAUAUUCAGCUCAGUCGAUCUUUGAAUAUCUUAAAACAAUCCGUGAUAAUCUGAAAGCCAUGAAUAAGUUUUGUGGCACGUUAUUGCAAAUCUUCAAGGAUAAUCUUCGUGUUGACAGGGUUUCAAUCCCGCUGCUAAAGAUGCUUGACCAGAUGCUGGCGAACGGAUGCUUUGAUAUUUUCACGUCAGAUCAAAGUAACGACUUUGUUAAAGACUUGCUUGCUCUCUGUAAGGACGAAAUCAGGAAGUCCAAAGACAUCCAGAAACUUCGAUCAAGUAUUUCAGUGUUCUGUGGUCUCGUUCAGUUCCCGGGUGAAAUAAGAAAAAAAGUUCUCUUCCAGCUCCUGCUCCUCCUGUGUUACCCGUUCCCAAUAAUCAGAAAGACAACAGCAAGCCAGCUCUACGAAAUGCUUUUAACCUACGAUGACGUCAUUGAUCCCAACAUUCUGGAUGAAGUGAUGGCAAAUCUCAGUGAAAAUAACUGGGAUGCUGAUCUCCCCAUUGUCCGGGAGCAGAGAAAUCAUCUGUGUGAUCUGAUGGGCGUGGGGCGGCCUAAGUUGGCCUCAAAGGUACGUUAAUUGAUAGGCAUCACAGCAAUGAGAAGCCGCGAUGCCCCGCGAUUGCAGAUUUUACAGGUGGCUGGAAGGCAUGAGGAUACACUGGAAAAUAAACGUGUUGCACUCUGCCGUUUGGCUCCCGCCUCCCCAGACUGUUCUGUGAUGGACGCCACCACAAAGCCCGGGUAUAUGAAGAGAAUUGCCGAGCGUUUCCGCAUGUACAAAUACCCACCAAAUAAAAGAGUUAAAAGCUGUGUUCAACCUCA